AUGCAUUCCUCUCCAGCCAACAAAUCAAAGAGCAACGAGUCUCCGAUGAGAGGAAAGACUCCAGCUCCGGAGUUUCCUUCUUCUGUUUCCCCUAAGAAACUUCAUGCUGUGAAGCGUCAUGCUGAAAAACGCACCACUGCAAUGGUCCCUGCUACUGUGUCUCCUACUGCGACCACUCCUGUUGCGAAGACCCCUACUGCGGCUUCUCCUGUAAAGCGCACCGCUCAGGAAGCAGACAUCGUCGUGCUUGACGGUCCAGCUCCGAAAGUUCGUGGCGUGGAGUCCGACACUACACAGGGGAAUAUCAGCACCGUUGCGUCCUCGAAAGGGGGUAUGAGUGACAUGUUCAACGGCAUAGAGGCCCAGCUGAGGGCCUGUCGUGAGGAAUCAACCCAGGAACUCAGCCGAGUGACUCUGAAGAACGUGGAGCUUGAGAACGAGGUGAAACGACUCAAAGCCAAGCUGGAGACGCAGGACAAGCAACUGGCCGAGCUGAGGAAGACCAGAGACGAGUACCAUGACCUCCAAGAUAACCAGCUCGACGCAAGCAGGGUCCGCCUCGGGGCAUACGACAAUUGGAAAUUUGUUCAGGAAUUGGCUUCUGAGCUUCGCGAGAACAUGAAGGAUUUUGUAAAGGAUGUGGAUGACAUUCAGCGUUUGGCCCGGGAUGAAAUGAACGAGUCCAAGCCUGCUCAAACCCCACGCUCCAAGCGUCAGAAAAAAUCAGAGUAG